CCACGAAUCUAAGAAUAAAUCUUUAGCAAGCAAUGAAAAGAAUGCCAAUAGAUGGUUUGAUAUGACUGAAGAAGAACAAACACGAAGAGACACAAUAGUCUCUAGAAAACAGGUUGAAAAAGCUGCUCUAACGGAGAGUAAUAUGGAAAGUUCUGGAAGAAUGAUCAAACCGAGAUUACAUGAUGUAAAUAUAUCUGACCUGGUAGAUAUAGAAAUUGUAUUCCAGCUACAAAAUGUAAAUGUAGGUUAG